AGUUUCUCUCUCUUCUUUUUUGAAAACAGACACUUUAUUUUAUUGAAAUAUUGAAUCCAAGGCAGAUACGGGGAUGAUCUUUAUUUUUGUGGGCGUGAUCUUGGUUGCUUUGUCCCUCAGCGAGGAUUCGUCCAAGGAAUCCUGUCCCAGAGACCUCACCCUCCUCUGUGGACGAGAUGGUAUCACGUACGCGAAUGAGUGUUACGCUAAAAGGGCUAAUGUCGGCAUUCAGGAUGUCGGUCCUUGCGAAGAGAACCGAAAAUGUCGCUGCAACCGAAUAAUGAUUGAUGUAUGUGGUUAUAAUGGAAUACAAUAUAAUAACCCAUGCCUGGCCAGGUGUCAUGGAGUGGAAAAUUUUACCCUCGGAAAAUGUGAUGUAAUCCUUUGAAAUAAAAAGCAAUAAAAGAAUAUAUUAAGUAA